GGCGUGGUGGUUUGCUCACGGACGUCAUCACCCUGAGUUGCGUACCAUCGCCAUCCGUGUGAUGCACUUGUGGACGUCCGCCUCUCCUGCGGAGAGGAACUGGGCGCAGCACGAGCGCAUCAACACGACGAGCCGCAGCAAGCUCGGGGUUGCAAAGCUAGCACAGCUGGUUGAGAUUGCCACCAAUCUCAAACUGGCCGCGUGCACCCAGCAGGGUGGUGGCUACGUGUUGUCGUGGGUUAUGGGGACCGGUCGGGUGGGGACGGCGGGAGGGGAGGAGGACGACGAGGGAGACUUAAAGCCCGAGGUGUGGGGAGCACGACCUGCUGGCAGUGUUAGCGAGCAGGACAUCGAGCGCCAGGUCGUCGCUUUCCAUGCCUGCCGACCUUCUAGAACCGACCUGCUUGAGUACGUGUUCGGCAAGAGGGCGACAGAGCUACGGCCGUGGCCGGAGUACACUGCCGGGGUUGACGGCACUCCGGACCCUGAUGCGGACGACGACACGUCCGACGACCAGUGGACGGACGAUGAUGACGCGGCCAUCAGUAGCGACACGACGACGGAGCGGGUGUAUUUCACUUACGGUGGAGGAUCUGACGGCAUGGCUUCACACACAUCCGUCAUGACUGACGAUGUGCCGUCGGGUGGACAGGCUAGUGGCAUCGGCAGAACCGGCAGACGUUGGGAGGUCAGGAGCGACAGCGAGCCGGAGAGGGAGGGCGAGGAGGGGGAGGUGCCCUGUCAGGAUCGUCGGUAUUCUCCCUCUCAUCAUCGGACUACGGGACCGCCCAACGAGAUGACGCGUUCAGCGAGGUUGGCGUCGGCAGCAGAGAAACAGCGGACGCAUGAUAGCAAGGAUCGUGAGGGGGCAAGGCCUGUGGACAUGCCAGACGUGGAGAGGACUCCAUCCGGCGCCGGUCUUCGCCCCCACUCGCCGCCAGAGCUCAGUACCGACGACUUUGACGUCGGGGGAUCAGGUGGGGGCUUGGGGGAUUUGAGUGCCCCGAGACAGGGCGGUGCCUCGACGUCGGAGCUCUGUAAUGACGACUUCGAUGAGCGGGACCGUAUGGAGACCGCGGAGGAGCGGGAUGCCCAGCUGGACAGAGAGGAGGAGGAGCGGCUGAUGAGAGGGAGGGAGUCCGGGGUGGUUGAGGGCGGGUCGGGAUGCCGCAGUGAUGACAUCGGAUCUGCCGGAUCGAUGCCCCCACCACCCGCACGGGCCGCGGAGGCGGUUGACGAGGAGACGACGGUCCGUGCGCACAUUGGUGGUUCCCUGCCGCCUGUCCGAGGUGGUGUCGCCGGCGGAUGGGAAGCUCAUCGACGGGUCACGGACCGGUUGAGGGCAGAUUAUGGCGUCGGGAGGGGUGCCUUCGCAGGACGUUUGUCACCACAGAGUCAGGCUGCGGAGGGUGGCUCCGGACGUCUGAGUCUUCACAUGGUAGGCCACAUGCUCGGUUUGUCACGAUCGGCGACGGGGAGAUCAUCGGUCGCCCCGACAGCAGGGACAUCUACGGACAUGCGGCAGGGACAACACUACACAUCGGGCGAGGAGGGGUUGAUGAUGCAUCGUGGGACGAGACGACACAGCGCCAUCAUGGAGGAUGAGGCUCGACUCGCAGAAGAGAUCGCCGUCGUCCAGGUUGCAUUGGACGUGAUUCGGAGGCAACGAAAGACGAUUGCUGCAGAGGAGGCCGAGGCCGAGGACGCUGACACAGAGUCCGAGCCGAUCGACAGUGUGGUCCACAGACACAGAUCGGCUGUGGCCGCAGCAACCCCAGCAGCACAGGCGACAUACAUCAGUGGUGCACAGGGCACAGGUGUUGGAAGCAGUGGAGGGGACCCGGGAGGAGCGCAGACGCCAGGUCCACAGUGACGGAUGGUACGAUCACAUUACUUUUUUGUUAGCUACUCUGUGAGUUACGGUUCAAAUGACGGGUCCGGUUUUCGGCUUCGGACAUGUACAUACGCAUUUUUAGUGGAGUGUUUUUUCACUGCUUUGUACUUCUCCACGCUCCUCUUCUACCCUCGCUUUUGCAUGUGAGUCGCUGUUGUUUGCUAAGUGGUUUAUGAACUUUCCAGUUUGUUGUCGUAAAUGUCCCCGAUACAGCGGGUAUUGUUGUCGCAAUGUUGCAAAUCGUGUCUUUGUUCGAUGCCACACACAUGCAUGUCAUGGUUGGCCCCAUUGUGAAUGUGUUGUGAAUUUUGUAUGCCAAAAAGGGAUGAUAUGUUAAGGAAUGUGUUGUUUCAUGAACUUUCACCAGCCUCACGAAUGAACACAGACAUGCAUGUUAUGGUUGCCCACAUUGUGAAUGUGUCGUGAAUUUGGUAUGUGAAAUAUGGAUGAUAUGCUAAUGAAUGUGUUGUUUCAAA